AUGCUUUCAGGUCAACUUGUAGGUGUAACAAAAAUCCAACAAUCCAGGAGCAGCAUUGGAGCAACAGGAGACAUCCAACAUAUGUGUCCAGAAAUCCAACAAUCUAAGUCCAAGAGCAGCACUGGAGCAAUAGCAGACAUCCAACAUAUUUGUGCAGAAAUCCAACAAUCCGAGUCCGAGAGCAGCAAUGUAGCAACAGCAAACAUCCAACAUAUUUGCCCAGAAAUCAACCAAUCAACGACCAGCACUGGAGCAACAGCAGAAAUCAAACAUAUUUGCCCAGAAAUCAACCAAUCUGAGACCAGCACUGUAGCAAAAGCAGACAUCCAACAUAUUUGCCCAGAAAUCAACCAAUCUGAGACCAGCACUGUAGCAACAGCAGAAAUCCAAAAUAUUUGUCCAGAAAUCCAACAAUCCGAGACCAACACUGGAGCAACAGCAGAAAUCCAACGUAUUUGGGCAGAAAUCAACAAAUCCGAGACCGCGAGCAGUACUGGAGCAACAGCAGAAAUCCAAAAUAUUUUUCCUGAAAUCAAACAAUCAGAGUUCGAGACCAGCACUGGAGCAACAGCAGAAAUCCAAAAUAUUUGUCCAGAAAUCCAACAAUCAGAGUUCGAGGCCAGCACUGGAGCAACAGCAGAAAUCCAAAAUAUUUGUCCAGAAAUCCAACAAUCCGAGACCAACACUGGAGCAACAGCAGACAUCCAACAUAUUUGCCCAGAAAUCAACCAAUCCGAGAACGAGAGCAGCACUGUAGCAACAGCAGAAAUCCAAAAUAUUUGUCCAGAAAUCCAACAAUUCGAGACCAACACUGGAGCAACAGCAGAAAUCCAAAAUAUUUGUCAUAAAAUCCAACAAUUCGAGACCAGCACUGUAGCAACAGCAGAAAUCCAAAAUAUUUGUCCAGAAAUAAAACAAUCCGAGACCAGCACUGGAGCAACAGCAGACAUCCGACAUAUUUGUCCAGAAAUCCAACAAUCCGAGACCAACACUGGAGCAACAGCAGACAUCCAACAUAUUUGUCCAGAAAUCCAACAAUCCGAGACCAACACUGCAGCAACAGCAGAAAUCCAAAAUAUUUGUCCAGAAAUCCUCCAAUCCGAGACCAACACUGGAGCAACAGCAGAAAUCCAAAAUAUUUGUCCAAAAAUCCAACAAUCCGAGACCAACACUGGAGCAACAGCAGAAAUCCAAAAUAUUUGUCAUGAAAUCCAACAAUUCGAGACCAGCACUGGAGCAACAGCAGAAAUCCAAAAUAUUUGUCCUGAAAUCCAACAAUCAGAGUUCGAGACCAGCACUGGAGCAACAGCAGAAAUCCAAAAUAUUUGUCCUGAAAUCCAACAAUCAGAGUCCGAGACCAGCACUGGAGCAACAGCAGAAAUCCAAAAUAUUUGUCCAGAAAUCAACCAAUCCGGGAAUCUAUUGAUAUCAAAAUCACUACAUGCCAGUCAUGUUUUAAGAUAAAAACACUUGGAAACCAUAUUUAACGCCUUUUGAUGUUCAGAAAUGUAAUGUUA